UGAUAAAAGCCCACAGUGGCUCAUUAUUUGACCAGCACUUAGCCUUGAACAGACAGAACUGGGCCUUUUGUCACAAACGUCUUCUAAUGGCGCCGAGGUGGGACUAAACUGAUGGGAAAUAGGUUAACUUCAGACUCUUCUGAGCAGGGUGACAGGACUUAAAAUGGACUGGUUCCACUGUAACAAGUGCUUCAUGAAGACUGGGUCGGCGUUUGUUGUAUCCAGCUGUGGCCACAUCUGCUGUGAGGCAUGCAUUAAAUCUAAGCAGUGCAGCAUAUGUGGGGCCAGCUGCAGUUAUCUGCCCAUCACUGAUAAGAUGAAGCCACAGGAAAAGGUUUUUUUCAAAGAUCCUGUGAAGCUCAUCCAGUCACAGAUGGAGCACAUAUCACAGAUUGCACUUUUUCAGCGGACACAAAUGGAGAGAGUCACUGCGCACUUCAGGCACAAAUCUGUUGAACUGGAAAGGCAUCUGAAGGAAGUCACUGAGCAGGGCUACAGGCAACUGUCCGAGCUGAAAAGAGAGAAUGCUGAGUUAAAAAAGCAACUUUCAGAGCUGAAGAGAGAGAACACUGAGUUAAAAAAGCCACUUUCUCAGAGGAGGGUUUCACCAGGACAGUUUCAGACAAAUGGCUGUCAUAGGAUGUCGCUACCCGUGGCUAUCACUUCCCCAGUUACUGCUAGUUCAAGAACUGUCAGUCAUAUAGGCACAGCAGAGUCCCAAGGGUGGGCCAGAGACAGAGGUCCCAGUCUCUCCUCCCUCACGACCCCUGGAUCAACUACCCCUAUGUCCAGCCAUAGCUCUCUUCAUGAACGUAUACACACAACACCCACAUCCUUCAGAACUCCUACAAGAACUCAGCGGCAGACCCCUAAUGUUUUCCAGUUCCAGUUUAUGAAUGGAUUAUCAAUACAGUCACCCAGGCGUUAAUGAAAUGCCCACUGAUGACUCGAGGUAUAUUUUUGUCACUUUGAGUCACCAGCUGUAUGUUCUUGUCUGUUAUCUUAAACAUUGUUGAAUAUGUGUAUUUUAUAACUGUUAAGCUUACAUGGAUGUGUUUAUGUUACCACAUGGUUGUAUUGGUAAGGAAUUAGAAUGACAAUUUACAGUGAUAGAAAAUAAAUAUGAUCAGUUAAAAUCAGCUGCAUUCCCUACAGCACAGAAAACACACACAUGAUUACAAAGACAAAUUCUUUACUGGCUUCCAGUGACACAAUUAUGCAAAUGGGAUUUUCUUUCAAACUGGAAAAAAAAAACAAUUGAAAAUAU